AUGCCUCCCAAGGCCCAUAACUCAAACUCUGAGUCCGAAUCCCGGACACGAAGCAACGCUGGUAAUUCAACCCAGGGCACCACAUCUGGAAAUGCAAGAAAUGUGGGCAAACAAAGACUCACGACCGCACAACAACAGUAUCUGAAAGACCUGAUACGCACACAUGUACAGAAUAAUCACCCCAGCAAUUUCCCGAAACCGGACCCUCUAGAUUUCGAAGAGUAUUCUGACGACUUUUUACGCCGCUAUAAGGACUACUUCCAACUUCCGCUCCAAGAUAAUUUAUCGCUACGAGGGUACCUAUUGGGAUCCAAGCUAGGCCAAAAGACCUAUUCCUACAAGAGAAACGAGAACAAAGUCCCCGAUGCUCGAGUAACUAAGAAAAAGCUGGCCUCUGAGGUGAAAAAGCACUUCAACUCCUACAAUGUCAAGGAAACGGAGUGUAUCCCAGCAUUCAUAUACAAGGUCAAAAAUCAAAAGAAAAGAUUCAAGAUGGAGUUUAGAGAGUAA